UCACAGGUGAGUGACAUGUGACCAGCUCACAGCCUGGCCUUCUCUCCUUCUAUAAAUCCGGCUCAUCCAUCAGUUCAGAAGAAUCGCAGCAACCCGCUACCUUCUUCCGACGGCAUCGGUUGGACCGAUCGACCCAUCCGACCACCAUGUCCAGCUACACGGCACCACAAGCGCAAGCGCACGUGGUGGAGGAUUUCUUCGGCGUGGUGCAGCUCCGCAGCGACGGCUCCGUGAUCCGCGGCGACGAAUCCGUCCUCUUCCCGCCGGAGCAGUACCCGGAAGUCCCCGGCGUGGAGUGGAAGGACGUGGUGUACCACGCGGCGCACGGCCUCAAGGCCCGCGUGUACAGGCCGUCGUCCCCGGUGGCCGCCGAGAAGGAGGAGAAGAAGCUCCCGGUGCUCGUCUACUUCCACGGCGGGGGCUACUGCCUCGGCUCCUACGCGCAGCCGUCCUUCCACGUCUUCUGCCUCCGCGCCGCCGCCGAGCUCCCCGCCGUCGUGCUCUCCGUCCAGUACCGCCUCGCCCCCGAGCACCGACUCCCCGCCGCCAUCCACGACGGCGAGGGUUUCCUCUCCUGGCUCCGCGCCCAGGCCGAGACCCGCAACGCCGACCCAUGGCUCGCGGAUUCGGCCGACUUCGCCAGGACCUUCGUCUCCGGCUGCUCCGCCGGCGCCAACCUGGCCCACCACGUCACCGUCCAGGCCGCCGCCUCCUCGGGGAUCAUUGAUUCCUCCCCGGUGCCUUUUCGGAUCGCGGGGUUCGUCCUCCUGUCCGCGUUCUUCAGCGGGGUCCAGCGCACGCCGGCCGAGAUCGACCUGUCGCCCGCGGACGUGUCCCUGACGGCGGACAUGGCCGACCAGCUCUGGCGCAUGGCGCUGCCGGCGGGGGCCACCAGGGACCACCCGUUGGCCAACCCGUUCGGCCCGGAGACGGAGAGCUCGGGUUUUAUUGCGGCGGUGGAGCUCCCGCCGGUGCUCGUUGUGGCGCCCGGCAUAGACGUGCUCCGCGACCGCGUGCUCGGGUACGCGGCGGCGAUGAGGGAGCUGGGGAAGGACGUCGAGCUCGCCCGGUUCGAGGGGGAGCAGCACGGCUUCUCCGUCAGCCGCCCGUUCAGCGACGCCGCCGACGAGAUGAUGCGGCUGCUCAGGCGGUUCGUGUACCAACCGAGGUGACAGACAUGUGGUCUCCUGAACCUGAAGUCCUGAUGCUUCUCUACUCCUUUUUAGAAUAAACAGUCUGAAACAUUGUGAUACGGAGUGGUUCUCAGAAUAAACAGUCAGAAACUGUAUGCUGGAUUUCGUUGCUGGAUUCUUCGUAUUCAAAGUCAAAGAGUAGAACUGCGCUCUGCAUUUCCGUGUUGUUUAACUAUGGAUGCAGUGAUUGUCUUGCAUCUGCUUCGAGCUCUAUUUUCUGGUUGGAGUGUUGGACUCAGUACUGGUUCCGACUUUGUUCAA